CGCCGUGCCGGGUCGCGGAGCCGGGCUGCACGGCCAGGGACUGCGCCCCUCGCCCGAGCAGAUACCCAAGCAGCCCUUCCUCAACAUGGGGCUAGAGGCCCAGAGACUGCCUGGAGCAGAGGAGGCCCCCGUGAGGGUGGCUCUUCGAGUUCGCCCACUGCUGCCCAAGGAGCUGUUGCACGGGCAUCAGAGCUGUCUGCAAGUGGAGCCCGAGCAUGGCCGAGUCACCUUGGGGCGUGACCGCCACUUUGGCUUCCAUGUGGUGCUGGCGGAAGACACGGGACAGGAGGCGGUGUACCAGGCCUGCGUGCAGCCCCUCCUUGAGGCUUUCUUUGAGGGCUUCAAUGCCACUGUCUUUGCCUAUGGUCAGACAGGCUCCGGGAAGACGUACACUAUGGGAGAGGCCAGUGUGGCCUCCCUGCAUGAGGACGAGCAGGGCGUCAUCCCCAGGGCCAUGGCCGAGGCCUUCAAGCUCAUCGAUGAGAACGACCUGCUGGACUGUCUGGUGCAUGUGUCCUAUCUGGAAGUAUACAAGGAGGAGUUCAGAGACCUGCUGGAAGUGGGCACUGCCAGCCGCGACAUUCAGCUUAGGGAAGAUGAUCGUGGGAAUGUUGUGCUGUGUGGUGUGAAGGAAGUGGACGUGGAGGGCCUGGAUGAGGUGCUUAGCCUCCUGGAGAUGGGCAACGCGGCCCGGCACACCGGUGCCACGCACCUCAACCGCCUCUCCAGCCGCUCCCACACCGUCUUCACUGUGACCCUGGAGCAGCGGGGCCGGGCGCCCAGCCGCCUGCCCCGACCCUCGGGCAGCCAGCUGCUGGUCUCCAAGUUCCACUUCGUGGACCUGGCGGGCUCCGAGAGAGUCCUCAAGACGGGCAGCACGGGCGAGCGACUCAAGGAGAGCAUCCAGAUUAACAGCAGCCUGCUGGCGCUGGGCAAUGUCAUCAGCGCCUUGGGGGAUCCCCAGAGACGAGGCAGCCACAUCCCUUACCGCGACUCCAAGAUCACCCGGAUCCUCAAGGACUCGCUGGGAGGGAACGCCAAGACCGUGAUGAUCGCCUGCGUCAGCCCCUCUUCCUCCGACUUCGAUGAGACCCUCAACACCCUCAACUAUGCCAGCCGCGCGCAGAACAUCCGCAACCGCGCCACGGUCAACUGGAGGCCCGAGGCCGAGCGCCCGCCGGAGGAGACGGCGGCGGCCGGUGCGCGGGGACCUCCACGGCACCGCUCCGAGACGCGCAUCAUCCACCGGGGCCGGCGCGCUCCGGGGCCCCAGGCCGGCUCGGCCACCACGGCCGCCGCCGCCGCCGCCCGCCCGGGCUCCGACUGCGCUCGCUGCCGGGCCCGCACCAGCGCCGCCUACAGCCUCCUGCGCGAGCUGCAGGCCGAGCCCGGGCUGCCCGGGGCCGCGGCGCGCAAGGUGCGCGACUGGCUGUGCGCGGUCGAGGGCGAGCGCAGCGCCCUGAGCUCCGCCUCGGGACCUGACAGCGGCAUCGAGAGCGCCUCGGCUGAGGACCAGGCGGCGCAGGGCACCGGCGGGAGAAAGGAAGAUGAGGGGGCACAGCAGCUGCUGAACCUGCAAAGCCAGGUGGCCCGUCUGGAGGAAGAGAACCGAGACUUCUUGGCAGCACUGGAAGAUGCAAUGGAGCAGUACAAACUGCAGAGUGACCGACUUCGGGAGCAGCAGGAGGAGAUGGUGGAACUGCGGCUGCGGCUAGAGCUGGCCCGGCCCGGUUGGGGGGCUCCUGGGCUCUUGCAGGGCCUGCCUCCCGGGUCCUUUGUGCCUCGGCCUCACACAGCCCCCCUGGGGGGUGCCCACACUCAUGUGCUGGCCAUGGUGCCUUCAGCCUGCCUUGCGGGAGAUGAAACUGGCUCUGAGCCGUGGAACCAGCAGGUAACGAAUGGUAGGGAGGCUGGAGCUGAGGUGCCUGCUGAGGUGGACAGGCUGGGAGGUGACUUUUCAGCUUCAUCAGAGGAGGAUGAAGAGGAAGAGGAGCCACCCAGGAGGGCCUUGCAUCUACGCAGAAAUGGAAUCAGCAAUUGGAGCCAGCAGCGGGGUAUGCACUCAGGGAGCCCACCUGACACAAAGGCCCCAGAGCCUGGCCUGGAAGAGCCAGCUGCUGCCAUCCCAGGACCCCCAAAGAUUGGUGGCAAUAAGGCUGGGGUUCAGAACCGCAAGGCCCGGGCUGCCAUGGCCUCUGAGUGGAGACUGGCCCAGGCCCAGCAGAAAAUUCGAGAACUGGCCAUCAACAUCCGCAUGAAGGAGGAACUCAUUGGGGAGCUGGUCCGCACAGGGAAGGCAGCCCAGGCCUUGAACCGCCAGCACAGUCAGCGCAUCCGGGAGCUGGAGCAGGAGGCCGAGCGUGUGAGGGCGGAACUGAGCGAAGGACAGCAGCAGCUGCGGGAGCUGGAGGGCAGGGAGCCCCAGGACCCCAGCGAGCGGUCCAGGCUCCAGGAGUUCCGCAAGAGGGUGGCUGUGGCCCAGAGUCAGGUGCAGGUGCUGAAGGAGAAGAAGCAAGCGACGGAAAGACUAGCGUCACUGUCAGCGCAGAGCGAGAAGCGGCUGCAGGAGCUGGAGAGGAACGUGCAGCUCAUGCGGCAGCAGCAGGGGCAGCUGCAGAAACGCCUCCGCGAAGAGACUGAGCAGAAGCGGCGCCUCGAGACCGAGAUGAACAAGCGACAACACCGCGUCAAGGAGCUGGAACUGAGGCACGAGCAGCAGCAGAAGAUCCUGAAGAUCAAGACAGAAGAGAUCGCGGCCUUCCAAAGAAAGAGGCGCAGCGGCAGCAACGGCUCUGUGAUCAGCUUGGAGCAGCAGCAGAAGAUUGAGGAGCAGAAGAAGUGGUUGGACCAGGAAAUGGAGAAGGUGCUGCGGCAGCGGCGGGCGCUGGAGGAGCUGGGGGACGAGCUGCACAAACGGGAGGUUAUCCUGGCGAAGAAGGAGGCGCUGAUGCAGGAGAAGACGGGGCUGGAGAGCAAGCGCCUGCGGUCCAGUCAGGCCCUAAAUGAAGACAUAGUGCGCGUGUCCAGCCGCUUGGAACACCUGGAGAAGGAGCUGUCCGAGAAGAGCGGCCAGCUGCGGCAGGGCAGUGCCCAGAACCAGCAGCAGAUCCGCGGGGAGAUUGACACCCUGCGCCAGGAGAAGGACUCUCUGCUGAAACAGCGUCUGGAGAUUGACAGCAAGCUGAGGCAGGGCAGCCUGCUGUCACCCGAGGAGGAAAGGACACUGUUCCAGCUGGAUGAAGCCAUUGAGGCCCUGGACGCCGCCAUCGAAUACAAGAACGAGGCCAUCACGUGCCGCCAGCGGGUGCUGCGGGCUUCAGCCUCCUUGCUGUCCCAGUGCGAGAUGAACCUCAUGGCUAAGCUCAGCUACCUCUCAUCCUCAGAGACCAGAGCCCUGCUCUGCAAGUAUUUUGAUAAGGUGGUGACGCUGCGAGAGGAGCAACACCAGCAGCAGAUCGCCUUCUCGGAGCUGGAGAUGCAGCUGGAGGAGCAGCAGCGGCUGGUGUACUGGCUGGAGGUGGCUCUGGAGCGGCAGCGGCUGGAGAUGGACCGCCAGCUGACCCUGCAGCAGAAGGAACACGAGCAGAACGUGCAGCUGCUCCUCCAGCAGGGUCGAGAUACCCUUGGUGAGGGGUUAGCAGACAGCAAGAGACAGUAUGAAGUCCGGAUUCAAGCUCUGGAGAAGGAACUGGGCCGUUACAUGUGGAUAAACCAGGAGCUGAAACAGAAGCUUGGUUUGGGAAAUGCUGCGGGCCAGAGCCGGGGUGGUGAGAGAAGGGGCCUCUGUGUGGAUAACAGACAAGGCCCUGGAAAUGAAGAUGGGCUUCACCCAGCAGCUCCUGAGCCUCUUUGGCAGUCUUCCCUGCUGGAGGGGGUCCCCCGUGCCCGGGAUGAGACACGGGACUUGGUCCAUGCUCCACUGCCCCUGACGUGGAAACGGUCCAGCUUGUGCAGUGAGGAGCAGUGCUCUUCUGAGGAGCUGAAGACCCGGGAGACAGCUGAACCCCUGGUAGGGCGGGUGCUACCUGUGGGUGACUUGGGUCUACCAUGGAACUUUGGGCCCUUGCCAAAGGCUCGGUGGGAGCCCAGAAGAGCCAGCCCAGGGAUGAUUGAUGUCCGGAAAAACCCCCUGUAGGCUCUUGGCACAGACCCUGCAGAAGGCAGCGACUUCUGUGAAGGACAGCCUGUGCCUCACUACCCAAGUCCAGAGCCUUAUCUCUGUUUCAGCUGGAGCCAACAACUUUGGGCCAUAGCCAAAAAGAAUUGGACGUUUUCCUCAGUAGUACUGAGGACAGAACCCAGGGCCUUGCACAAGGUUACGUACAUUCUCUGCCACUGAGCGAUACCCCUAGUAUUCUUUUAAAAAAUGCAAAUUUACUCUAAGUUGUAGCGCUCGAUCGCCAGUUUUUAUAUUGUGGGACAGUAUUUACGCCUGUGUUCCCACAGUUCUGGGUUUUAGUCAAGGCUUGUCACUAAGUGGUUAGUGGCAACAGGGUCAUAGCUUCAGUGGUCUUACGUAGAUAGGGGAACUGGAAAAAUUACUGACACAUUUUUAGAACUUUUAAAAGUACCAUGUUUCAUAAUAAAAAGGAAUAUUGUCA